AUGGAGAUGGAUGUGGAAGAGGAGAUGGUAGAGGACAUGGAGGUGGAUGUGGAGGAGGAGAGUGAAGAUAUGGACAUCGAUGUAAAAGAUGAGGAGGAGCCCAUGCACCUCUGGGUGAUCCAGGUGGCACCAAUGGACACUGCAAAGCUCCCAGAUCCCAGCUGGAAGGAGAUGAAAUCCCACCCGUCGGAGCUGUACCGCUCCAUCCGGCCCCGCUCGCUGUCCCAGCGCUCACAGGGGGUCCCGCCCACAAUCAAGGACUGGGGGACCCCUGGGUCGGGCUCUGACAGCGCCGCUUCCAGCAGCGCCCCCAGCCCCAGCGCUGGAGCCAUCGCGCUGCUCCUACUCACUCCCACGGGCUGCGACGGGUCCGGGGAACGGGGGAGGAGGAGGACGGAGGGAGGGAGGAAGAGGCGGAGCGGCAGGAGGAAGCGGGAGGAGAGAACGAGCGGAGGAACCGCGCGGCUCCAGCGCUCCCUGAACUCGCAGCCCCCCGGACCGCCCCCAUCCCGCAGUUCCCGCCCUUUCAUUGACCCCGCUCCCGGGGUUCAGAACGGGGGAGGAGGAGGAGGGAAGGAGGAAGAGGUGGAGCGGCAGCAGGGAGCAGGAGGAGAAGGGCAGAGGAGGCAGAGGCGGCUCCCGCGCUCCCUGAACUCGCAACACGGCCAGAAACAUUGCCUGGAUCCCGCAGACAAGGAGCUGAGCAUGGAGACCAAGGAGGACAAAUCCCCGCAGCAGAACCUCGUGGGAGAGGCCAUUCGGAGCGGUGCCACAGUGCAGAAAUCCAAUGGGAAGGAAGAUCCCUGGAGAUCCCUCACGAGGAGGAGCUGCAAACGCAGAUCGGGGGAAUGUGAGGAGGAAAGAUCCACCCUGUGCCAGGAAGGCGUCCAGAGAUGGAACCAGAGCUCAGAGCUGGUGGCCCAUGAGCAGCUUCCUGAUGGGGAGAAGCCCCACAAGUGCUCUGAGUGUGGGAAGAGCUUCAGCAAGAGGUCCAACCUGAUCUGUCACCAGAGGAUCCACACUGGGGAGAGGUCCCACAAGUGCGGGGAAUGUGGGAUGAGCUUCAGCCGGAGGGAACACCUGAUUGGCCACCAGAGGAUCCACACCGGGGAACGGCCCUAUGAGUGUGCAGAGUGUGGGAAGAGCUUCAGAGAGAGGAAACACCUCAUUUGUCACCAAAAGAUCCACACAGAGGAACGGCCCUACAAAUGUGGGGAAUGUGGGAAGAGCUUCAGGCAGCGUACCAACCUGAUCCUCCACCAAAAGAUCCACACUGGGGAGAGGCCCUACAAGUGUUCCGAGUGUGGGAAGGGGUUUCGGAUCAGCACCCAGCUCCUUCUACAUCAGCAGACACACACAGAGGAGAGGCCAUUCCACUGCCCUGACUGUGGGAAGGGCUUCAAGGACAACUCCAGUCUCACCAUCCACCAGCGCAUCCACACUGGUGAGAGGCCCUAUGAGUGUGAUAAAUGCAGGAAGAGGUUUCGGACCAGCUCCCAUCUUCGCCUGCACCAGCGCACACACACGGAGGAGAGGCCCUUCCGCUGCCCCGACUGUGGGAAGGGCUUCAAGGUGAACUCCAUCCUCAAGAAGCACCGGCGCAUUCACAGCGGGGAGAGACCCCACGAGUGUGAGGAAUGUGGGAUGAGCUUCAGCCGGAGGGAACACCUGAUCCGUCACCAGAGGAUCCACACUGGGGAACGGCCCUACAAGUGUGGGGGAUGUGGGAUGAACUUCAGCCAGAGGGCACACCUGAUCCAGCACCAGAACAUCCACACUGGGGAAUGGCCCUACAAGUGUGGGGAAUGUGGGAAGGGCUUCAGCUGCCGUUCCCACCUUGUCAUCCACCAGCGCACGCACACGGGGGAGAGGCCCUAUGAGUGUGAUAAAUGCAGGAAGAGGUUUCAGACGAGCUCCAGUCUCCUCGUGCACCAGCACACGCACACGGAGGAGAGGCCCUUCCGCUGCCCCGACUGUGGGAAGGGCUUCCAGCACAAGUCCAACCUCAUCAAGCACCAGCGCAUCCACACUGGGGAGAGGCUCCACGAGUGUCCCUAGUGUGGGAAAAGCUUCUCCAGGACCUCUAUCUUGACCCAGCAGCAAAGGAAGCACUGGCCAAACCAGUCCCCAUGGGCAUGCCCCUCUCCUCUCACAGUUCCCAGCCCUUCUUUACCCCGCCCCUUUCCCUUCAUAUUUCCCGGCUUUUCGUUGAUCCCGCCAAUUUCCCCUCACACUUUCUGCCCCCGCCCCCACAGUUCGGGGUUGGGAACGGGGGGAGGAGGAGGAGGGCAGGAGGAAGAGGCGGAGCGGCAGCAGGGAGCAGGAGGAGAAGGGCAGAGGAGGCAGAGGCGGCUCCAGCGCUCCCUGAACUCGCAGCACGCCUGGCGAGCAUCGACCCAUCCCGCAGACAAGGAGCUGAGCAUGGAGAGCAAGGAGCACAAAUCCCCGCAGCAGAACCUUGUGGAAGAGGCCGUUUGGAGCGGUGCCAUGGCACAGGAAUUCAGCAGGGAGGAAAAGGCCCGGAGAUCCCUCAUGAGGAGGGGCUGCAAAGGCAGAUCAGGGGGAUGUGAGGAGGAAAGACCCACCCUGUGCCAGGAAGGCAUCCAGAGAUGGAGCCAGAGCUCAGAGCUGGUGGUGCAUGAGCAGCUUCAUGAUCGGGAGAAGCUCCACAAGUGCUCUGAGUGUGGGAAGAGCUUUAGACAGAGGUCAUGCCUGAUCCAGCACCAGAUGAUCCACACUGGGGAGAGGUCCCACAAGUGCGGGGAAUAUGGGAAGAGAUUCAGACGAAGGGAACACCUGAUUGGCCACCAGAGGAUCCACACCGGGGAACAACCCUACGAAUGUGGGGAGUGUGGGAAGAGCUUCAGCUGGAGCUCCCAUCUGAUCUGUCACCAGAAAAUCCACACUGGGGAGAGGCCCUACGAGUGUGAUAAAUGCAGGAAGAGGUUCCAGACCAGCUCCAGUGUCCUCCUGCACCAGUGCACGCACACAGAGGAGAGGCCCUUCUGCUGCCCCGACUGCGGGAAGGGCUUCAAACACAACUCCACCCUGAAGAGUCACCGGCGCAUCCACACCAGGGAACGGCCCUACGAAUGUGAGGAAUGUGGGAAGAGCUUUCAUGAGAAGUCCAGCCUGAUCUGCCACCAGAGGAUGCACACUGGGGAGAGGCCCCAUGAGUGUGGGGAAUGUGGGAAGAGCUUCAGCCAGCACUCCCACCUAAUGCGCCACCAAAAGAUCCACACGAGGGAGAGGCCCUAUGAGUGUGGGGAAUGUGGGAAGAGGUUUCCCACCAGCUCCAGUCUCCUCCUGCACGAGCGGAUUCACACAGAUGAGAGGCCCUUCCACUGCCCUGACUAUGGGAAGAGCUUCCAGAUCCACUUCAACCUCCUCAGGCACCGGCGCAUCCACACCAGGGAGAGGCACCACGAGUGUGAGGAAUGUGGGAUGAGCUUCAGCCAGAGCUCCAACCUGAUCUGCCACCAGAGGACCCACACCGGGGAACGGCCCUACGAGUGUGGGGAAUGUGGGAAGAGCUUCAGGCAGAGAUCCAGCCUCAUGCUGCACCAGGUCACCCACACUGGGGAAAGGCCAUACAAGUGUGAGGAAUGUGGGAAGCGGUGCAGUUGCCGUUCCCAGCUUGUCAUCCACCAGAGGAUCCAUACAGGGGAGAGGCCCUAUGAGUGUGAUAAAUGCAGGAAGAAGUUUCAGACCAGCUCCCAUCUCCUCAUGCACCAGCGGAUUCACAAGGAUGAGAGGCCCUUCCGCUGCCCCGACUGUGGGAAGGGCUUCACACAGAACUCCAUCCUCAUCACCCACCGUCGCAUCCACACCAGGCAGAGGCCCUUCGAGUGUCCCCAGUCCGGGAAGAGCUUCUCCUGCACCUUCCAACACCAACAGAGGCACCAGUAAGGGAAGUCCUGCCAGUUCUCCUAGUGGAGGAAGAGCUUCAUGCGCUGCUCCUGCUCCAUCCCCCACUGGAGGAACCACGUUGGGCAGAGCCCUAGUGACCCACAUUCCCUAUGAUCCAUGUUGGGCGGACACCUGGCUGGUUAUCCUUUUGUUUUGGCCUUAAUGUUUUUCUCUUCUCCCACUCUUUGCACUCCAGAAGCCAAAAGGGAUGGGUCUGUCACGUCAAACCACUCCAAUCCCACGGAGAACAAGUCAAUUUUAACCCAAAAGGGCUUAAUCCCACCUCAAAAUGGCUUGUUCCUGAUAAAUAAACUUCCUUUAUUUCCCUUAAGGGUCUAAGCUAGCUCAGUCCUUCUCAGGCCUUGGAGGAAUAUAUCAAAGAGACAGGAAAAGGAUUCAAAAGAGGCUCUCACCCUUAGCUGCAGUGAUGUUUAUUUCCAGGUGGUGUCCGGGGAAAGAGAGCAAGUCCCCAGGGGGACAGGGUCUUUUCUCAGGACUUCUGAGGGAGGGGCAAGCUGGCAUACAGCCAAUGGGGUCAGAAAGGGAAGGAAGGGUCAGACUACAUGACAGGAGUUCCAGGGGUCCCUGAGGGGGGAGAAACCAUUCCCACAGGGGAAUGUAACAUGUUCCCACCUUGAGAAAAACUCAGUCCCGUGGUAGAUUUCCUGGAUUCCAUGGGCGCCAGGGUGAGAUUGUGAGAGCUAUGACUGUGAUUCGUGUCAGAGGAAAUACAGAUAUAAUGAUGAGAUUGUACCAUGGGAAUAAAAGUGAUGAAUCCUGAGGAACUGCUGGAAAAAACUGGGAGGGAAAAGAGAUGGACAGAAUAUGGUGAACAUUAGAUGGGGAAAUUGAGCAAACACGUAAACUGCUUAUAGAGGCAAAAUUGGGUGAGAACCUAAAGAUCAGCAAAAUGAAUGAGGAAGAGCAAUGACAAUCAGAGAGAGCUGAAUGACCACCAAGAAAACGCCCGCGCAGCACAGCAAGGUACAGGCACCACAAGGGGAAAUGGGGGGGAGAGGGGGCUGCUGAGAAGUGCUGAGAAAUGUUUAUGCAUCUGUAUGAAGGGAUGGAAUAAAUAUUUGCAGAACUGACAGUUGGGGUGUGUGACGGAGUAGCGCAGACUCCCCGCGCACCCAGCGCUGCUUGCUCACUUUUUAUGGAAUGUAAUUUGAUAAAUAACUGAAAUUUUGAUGAAA